CUCGCCUGCAGAACGAGUCUCUCCGAGAGGGAAAGCGAGGGAAUAGACGCAGUCAAAAUACACGGAAGAGGAGGGAGUGCUUGUGUUUCACAUCAGAGGAGCAGCGAGGAAAUUAACGGUCUGACAGAGGGCAUAAGGUGUCGGAUACAAAAAAACAGAGGAAUUAAACAGAGAAGGCUCUUCUCUUGCUUUGGAAAAUGGAGCUACCCGCCGCGGGAGAACACGUCUUUGCGGUGGAGAGCAUCGAGAAGAAGCGCAGCAGAAAGGGGAGGAUUGAGUAUCUGGUCAAGUGGCGAGGAUGGUCUCCAAAAUACAACACGUGGGAACCAGAGGAGAACAUCCUGGACCCCAGACUGCUUGAUGCCUUUCAAGACAGGGAACGCCAAGAACAGCUGAUGGGAUAUCGCAAGAGAGGACCCAAGCCCAAGCACCUGCUGGUUCAGGUCCCCUCCUUUGCUCGGAGAUCCAGCAUUCUGGCAGAUCUUCAUGAGGCAUCCUUGGAUGAGGACAGCUGUCAGAAGAGCAGCCCCAUCCAGAUGCUGCGUCCCCAGGGUCAGCAGUAUCAGCUGAACAGCAAAAAGCACCACCAGUACCAACCGCUGUGCAGGGAGCGUGAGGCCGAGCAACAGGCCAAUGGAAAGAAGUUCUACUAUCAGCUCAACAGCAAGAAGCACCACCACUACCAGCCAGACCUUAAGGUGCAUGAGCCCAUGUUUGCUAAACCCAGAGAAGUUAAAGCUCCAGAGCUGGCCAACAAGGGGUACAACCUUCCUCCGGUACUGCAGCAGAAAUGGGUGCGGGACAAAGACUCAGGCUGCCUCACAAAAGUCAAGGAUAUUACCAUGGAGCUGAAGAAGCUUCCAGCAGACCUUAACGGACACCAAGAGCCUGAAAGGGUCAAACCUAAAGAGGACACUGUACCGCAGUCUAACGGUGUCAGCAGCAGCAAGCUAAAGAUUGUGAAAAACAAAAACAAGAACGGGCGGAUUGUGAUAGUCAUGAGCAAGUACAUGGAGAAUGGUAUGAAGGCAGCCAAGAUUAAAAACGGUGAUUCAGGAAGCACUGAAAAAACACCGCCAAGGACUGAUAGCAGCACAGAGAACCACCUGGAGAAGAUGAGACUUGUCAAGAAGCUCGGCCUCAUGAAUGGAUUUGCAAAACACUCCAAUGACAAGCCAACUGUUCCCACUUCUGGAUUUAACAGCGAUUGCCCCAGAGAAAAAGAACAGUCCCCUAAAAUGGAGCCAACUGUGACGGAACAGGAUAAACAUGUCGAGGUCAGGGGUGAGGGGCAGCCUCCAGCGGAUCAGCCUUUACAAUUGACAACCAAGUCUAAUCUGCCCCCCCUGCCUUUGGAUAAGGGAGUUCCCCCUUCACUGGACAAAAAAGGAAGUCAAGGUGGAUUUCAGGGACUGAAGCGACACUUUUCUGACACUGACAGUGAGGAACAUGGGAGCACUAAACGGUUUUUCAGCUCUAGGAGUAUCAGCGCUCCUAAUGCAGUUUCUUCUCCUGUGCAGAAUGUCAGCGUUGAUCGAAACGGACACCAGACUCACAUGGGACUGCCGCUCUGUGAGUAUGCAGACCAGGAGGAACCCAUGGAUUUGAGCAUGGUCAAGUCCAGGCCGAGCCCUGCUCAGACUGAAACACACAUGCAGGUUGAGACUGUAACACAUGCUGAAACACUCACACGGGACGAAGCAGACACAGGAACACAAACAGCACAGACAGAAAAUGAGCCCCAAACUGAAACAAAAAAAGCCACAGAAGAAGAAAAGGUCGAUUCACUGUCUGUUUUCAACCACAAAAAGAGGAAUGACCAGACGUUUCCCUCUUUCCAGCCUUUCCUGGGGAAUAUUGUGAUCACAGACAUCACAACAAACUGCCUCACAGUCACAUUUAAAGAAUACGUUGCUGCAUAACAGAACCGGGUACUGACUGUACAAAUGUAAAUUACAGAUUUAUUUGUAUUUUCAGAUCAUUGAAUGUACAAAUGGACCCCUGAUGUUUUCUUUUUGUAUAGUUCAGAUUAAGAAAAGCUCCUAUAUUGCGUUAUUUGCAUAUCUUUAUAAGCUCUACCUGUUGUUAUUCCUGGAGAUUUUAUUACAUGCAGUAUCUAAUUUCAGCUCUUUCAAACAUGGUUUAAACAACGAAUUAGGCUAAAUAAAGGCCAGAACUUUUAUUGGAGAUGCACUUAAUCCUUGUAAAUACUUUUCUAUGGAUGUAAUUUGAUUGUACACUCGAGUCUGCAUCUCAGAAAAUGUUCGACAAAUGUAGGCUUUAUGGAGAGUUUUGUACAAAAGAAAGAUUAUAUUGAAACAUGGUAAAUUACACUGUGUUUGUGUGAGUGAGUGAAUGAGCAUGUGUGUGAGGACAGAUGGACAGAUUUCAACAAGGAUGAAUGCUGUUAGUACAGAUUGUGCCAUAAGGCAUGCUUAAACAAGCAGAUAAAGAAAACUGAAGCACCUCUGUCAAUAAACGUGAAAUGCAUUGUUGUAAGGGAAACUGAGCAGCCUUUUGAAUGAAAGAUUGUUUAAAGUUGAUGUUCUAUGUUUGAUCUCUGAUCACCUUGAGAUCUGAUCCAGAGCACAAAUCUGUUAAAGCUGUCAAAGCAUAACCAUGGCAUAAUUUAUUUUAAGUUUACCAUCAUGCAGUGACUUGAUUCAUGUCUUUUUUUCCUCCAAAGUAUUGUAACACUGCAGGCUGAGCUGUGUAUCCUGACAGAUCUGCUCAACCAGUCCACUUCUUCAGGAUUCAGAAGCUCGUGUUUCUGUUCUCUGUUGUCCUAAUAUGUUUGUUGUUAUGUAAGGGGUUAAAUGUGCUUGUAAUUGCCACAUUUAGUCAGUCAAAAGCUAUCAAAAAGCACACAUUCUUGUCAAAAUCAGAUCAGUCUUGUUGUGACAUAGGCUACAUUCCUGCUCUUCUUUUAUAGAAAGCCCCUCCAGCACUCUGGAGUGCAUUGAGCUGCUCUGUGUGAUCAGAUGCACUUUUUAUGUUCUGUGCAGACUUUAAAAAAAUGAAGGCU